AUGGGCUCCGGGACUACGGUCACUGCACAGAGAGAAUUUUCUGGAGGCCCCAUGGAGUCGCCAGCAGAGCUCGACUGUGGCCCCCAACCCUUCGUCUCGGGGGCUGUCCAGGAGGAAUCUCCGGCUGCCAACCCGCCGCUGGAGGACCUGCGGCGGCGGCUGAUGUGCGCCUUGCAGCGCACUAUGGCGCGCUGGGGCUCGCGGCGUGCGCGGGAGGCUGCCGCGGCGGCCGAGGCGGCGGCGGAGGCGCCGGCGCUGGAAGAGCAGAGUCGGGCGCGCGUGGAGAGCGCUCUGGGCCGGCUGCGCGCAGAGCUGCUGGAAAUGCGUUUCCAAAACCAUCAGCUGGCCCGAACUUUACUGGAUUUAAACACGAAAAUGCAGCAGCUGAAAACAGAGCAUGAACUGGAAAUUGCAUCAGAAUCUCAAUCCCUGGAAGAUAAUGCUGUGAAUCAGGAGCAUGAUCUGAACCCAUAA